CUUCCUGAUUGAUGUGGCCAUAGAAGAACUACUGGGUGAGGUCUGUUGUGGUAGUGGAGUCAAUAAUGGAGGAAAGCAGUAAACUCGAGUCAGAAAAGCCACGGGUUUCAUCGAGUUGAUUCGGUUUUUUAACUAUUUUAUUCCGGAGCUUCCCUCGCGCCGCUUCCCCUUUCAUAGCUCCAGUCUACAGUGCUUCUCCCAUUUAGCUCACUAUGGGUCGUUAGCUGCUAACCAAAGUCGCUAACGCUACAUGCCAGAGCAGUGCACCUGUCACCAGCUUCUUUGUCUCGCCCGUGCCAGUGGUUUCAUCUCCUAUUGACUGGUAAUUAACAGAACUUGUUAACAUAAACGUUUUCUACGGUUUCCGCUCACUUCUCCGAUGUGGAAGGCGUCACUGUCCAAAAACAAGCCGCCCAGCCACAGCUAACGUCAGACAAAGAAGAUGAACUGACGGUACCCAGAAAUGUGUGAUGUGAACUCUAUGCGUCCCACUGGAAAGUUCUGAACCCGAGUAAGUCAGCUCGUCUCCGACAAUAAGACAUGGCGUCCUCCAAAGCUAAAGUCGGAGUCCACAGUGAGGCCAACUCCCUGAAAGAGGGCAAAAGCAACGCCGGCUGUUCGGCCGGAGAAGCAGCGCCGAACAACCGGAUAUACUGCCUGGAUGACCUGGAGACCAUCGCCACAGUCGGCACGGGGACCUUUGGCCGAGUCUUCCUGGUGAAGGACAAGCAGUGCCGGGCCUUCUACGCCCUGAAGCAGAUGAAGAUCCCGGACGUGAUCCGACUGAAGCAGGAGCAGCACGUCCACAAUGAGAAGGAGGUGCUGUCCGAGGUCAACCACCCCUUCCUCAUCAGACUGUUCUGGACCCACCACGACGAGCGCUUCCUCUACAUGCUGAUGGACUACGUGCCGGGCGGCGAGCUGUUCAGCUACCUGCGCAGCCGCGGGCGCUUCAGCAAUGCCACCGGCCUCUUCUACACCUCCGAGAUCGUGUGCGCCAUCGAGUACCUGCACUCCAGAGAAGUGGUGUACCGAGACCUGAAGCCCGAGAACAUCCUGCUGGACAGCGAAGGACACAUCCGCCUGACCGACUUCGGCUUCGCUAAGAAGCUCUCCGACAGGACCUGGACCCUGUGCGGCACUCCCGAGUACCUGGCCCCCGAGGUCAUCCAGAGCAAGGGUCACGGCCGAGCAGUGGACUGGUGGGCUCUGGGCAUCCUCGUCUUUGAAAUGCUGGCCGGGUACCCACCGUUCUUUGACGACAACCCAUUUGGAAUAUAUCAGAAGAUUCUGGCCGGAAAACUGGAAUUCCCUCGCCAUCUGGAUUUCUAUGUCAAAGACCUCAUCAAGAAGUUUCUGGUCAUCGACCGAGCCAGACGGCUAGGCAACAUGAAGAACGGAGCAGAUGAUGUGAAGAAGCAUCGGUGGUUCAAGACCAUUGACUGGGAGGCCGUUCCUCUGAGGAAGCUGAAGCCCCCCAUAGUUCCUAAAGUGUCCCAUGAGGGGGACACUUCUAACUUUGAUGUUUACCCAGAGGACGACUGGAAGAAAGACCCUCCUGUGCCUCCGAAGGACUUGGAGACCUUCAAGAACUUCUGAUCGCUGAGCCUGGUGUAUUUAUUGACGGAAUAUCCUGAGAAUUGACACAGCGUCAUGUGUAGUAACUGUUCCAGCUGCUAUCACGGAGAGAAUCCUUAUUUAUCAAAGCCAGGAGCCUCCUGCUAUCGUAAUAACGGCCUCCUGAGAGACAUGAUUGAUGCUGUGACUGUCUCAUACCACAGAGAUGAUUUGCUUUUUAUACUUUUAUUUAUCUGACUAAAGUCAAACCUUUUGCUGUUUUGAUUUUUUUAAUCAGUUUUUUUCUCUGAGCCUGCUCAUAUGCAAAAAUAAUGAGUUUCCUUUGAAACCAAAAGACUUACUUUCUAGCUUUUAAAAAUAAUCAGGUCUUUUUUUAUAUUAUGUUUUAUACGUUCUCUCUUUUUAAAAAUGUUUAUUCAGUCAUAUCUAAUGUGACUCCAGACUGGUGCUGUAACUGUCAGCUGGCCAGUAGUCAUGAAUGCAGUUUCACACUCAUUGUUCUGUAGUCAUGAGCACUUGUAAGAAGGUGCCUUACACCACAGUUUGAUGGGCAUAGAAAUAGUGCUUCUCCUCAGCCACCGCUGGUCUCAGUCCAUGUGAGGAGCUGAAUGUGCUGCCAAGUCUACAACAGCUUCAUCCCCGGCCAAAGGACUUUAUUAUUACUGUACAGUCCCAGCUGUUCCACACAUGAACCACAGACUUUCCCCAGCCCCUCUGUGCUCACUACACUCAUCCUCAUCAUUAUCGUCCUGGCUGUCCUGCUUUUAAAGCCCAGUCAUGUGAGGUGAAAGGUGCUGGGGUGUGAGGUACUUGUCAGUGUUUAGAGCCACUCGUUACAGUAUUCAUCAGCAGAAGGCUUCGUUUGCUGUUUCUGGACAAAUAUUGGCCUUUAAAACAAACUUCAUAUGGUUUAGUCUGUGCCUCGCCUUCAUUACAGAGCUGCUACUGUCCAGCUGAAAGGAUCCCAAUUUGUGUUCAGACCAAAGUCAGGACCGUGUCAGAAGGUACCUGGGUGAAAGUCCCAUGUUUGUUUACCCAUCCACCUGACCCCCUUCUUACCUGGGCUUUCUCGCUCUUUUAUUCCACGUCACCUGACUUCCUCAUCACAUUGUGCUCGCUUAAGAUCAGCUUGUAAACUAGGAUAACCCGACACGCGGGGGCGAGUGAGCCUUUGCUACACUGGAGCCCGUUGUCAUCAGACCGAUAGCUGAUGGAUCCUGGGAUUCAGCUUGAAGGCUGACAGCUGGGCUGGAGGCGGGGGUCAGUUAUGCUGGUAGCAGCUAGCGGUGACAUGGAACUAUACUGAUCUAUUAUGAAUGCUAAAUAAAACGGUGUGUGUGGGGGCAUUUGAGUGACCUCAAACCUACAGUAUCUUUGGAAUAUCUCGACCUAGGCUAAUAUAUCAUUCCUCUACUCCAUAUCUGCACAAAAUAUCCAAAUCUGCUAGCUUCAUAUUGAAUCCAUUGUCAUAGUUUUUAAAAACGCAUACAAUAUACUGUUGGUUCAAUGAGCAAACGUCUAGUCACUCGGUUUCAAAAGUAUUAAAGGCAUCAGUGCGUCCUCCCUUCUGCGUGAGCAGCAGGCUGUCUGCUUAUAUGCAGCUGUUAUAAUGUAAAGAAAACAACCAUCACUGCUGUCCUCAAUGCCUCACAGGGAGGCACUAUAAUGACUCGCUGCGCGCGCCUACCCAGUAUGCCUUGCGGGAUGACCCCAUACUUGUCUCUGAUUGGCCAUAUCCUCUCCGGCGUUACAGGUGUCUGCUAAAUGCUAAUGUUAGCAUAGCUAUGAUGUAGGCUACCAAGUUGGAAUGUAGGCACACAGCAUGAGCCGCCUGUGCUGAGUUGCUCUCCUCCAGAGCCGGUCUAGUUCAGCUAGCAUCAUAGCUAGGCUAAUGAUAGCGUUUAGCAGACGCCUGGACGGGCCAAUCAGGCAGAGUAGGGGCGGGUGUUCCCACAAGGCAUACUGGGUAGGCACAUCCAGCGAUUCGCCUUAGUGCGCCCCCCCCCCCCCCUAAAACCUACAUCACACACCACUUCGUAUGUUUAGUGUUGUCUCUCACAAUGGUGCUCGUCCAUAUAGAGCCUGUUUGUAUAAUGCAUGUGUCUUUAACCUCCACACCCAGCCACUUAUGUGUUACCUAGCAAUACCUUUACACGUCUCAGCCUUUAAGUUGGCGCAGUCACACAUUGUUUUCUACCCUCUACCUAACAAUGCCUAUCAAUAUACAAUAACUCCUUUUGUACCUGUCAUUAUGGAACUCUAAGCAAUGGCACAUGUUUGUAUUAAGACUCAAGCGUCUUUGGAAAUGUUUGAAAGUGAUAAGAAAGAAAAAGCUUUUCUCUUC